AUGUCCUCUGAAGGUAAUCUACAUCAUGAGCUUCAUCAACGUCGUGGAUCGUCUGAAAACGCAGAAUUAAGUGAAGACAUAAAGAAUAGAGACGAAGAUAGUUUACGGUCUGAACAUGAUCAUCCACAAAAACGCUCUUCAUCUCAUCACAGUCCUACAUCAUUAUUAACAUCGACAUCAACAAAAUUAUUCGCUUGUUUUCUGGGAAUAUUUGUGGCAUACCUUCUAUUUGGAAUUGUACAAGAAUCAAUUGUUAAAGGCAAUUAUGGAACUGAGAAAAAGGAUAAGUUUACAUUUAUAAUUUCACUUGUUUUCUUUCAAUGUGCGUUUAAUGCAGCUGUAUCAAAAAUAAUUUUAAUUGUUAAUAAAAGUCAUCGGGACACAACUCCAUCGAAAUUGUAUGCUGCUUCCUCAUUUUCAUAUCUUUUUGCAAUGUUAGCAUCAAAUUAUGCAUUAGAAUUUGUCAGUUACCCAGCACAAGUACUUGGAAAGUCGGUGAAACCUGUGCCAGUAAUGCUAUUUAGUGUUAUUGUUGCUAGAAAACGUUAUCCAUUAUCAAAAUAUCUUUUCGUUUUAUUGAUCGUUGUUGGUGUUGUGUUAUUCAUGUAUAAAGAACCAAAAGAAGUUAUUAAUCAAGUGUCAGAUUCCUUCUUAGGUAUUGGAGAAUUUUUAUUGAUUGUCUCAUUAGCGUUUGACGGUUUAACCGGCGGUAUCCAGGAUAAAAUUCGUGAUGCACACAAAGUACAAGCGUAUCAUAUGAUGUAUGCUAUGAAUAUUUGGUCAUGUCUAUGGGCUAUGUUUGGAAUAGUAUUGUCAGGUGAAAUUUAUGGUUUAAUAAGUUUUAUUCAAUUAUAUCCGCAUGUCAUUUAUAAAAUACUUUUACUUGGUAUAACUGGAGCUAUUGGACAGAAUUUUAUUUUCUUGACAAUUGAAUGGUUCGGUCCAUUGACGUGCUCCAUUUUUACUACAACUCGUAAAUUUUUUACAAUAUUAUGUUCAGUGUUUCUAUUUGGCAAUCCUCUGAACACGAGACAGUGGAUUGGAACUAUAUUAGUGUUCGCUGGUUUGACAUUAGAACAAAAAUUUGGAAAAAAGAAACAUUGA